CCGGCGCGAGGUGAGCGCUGCGCCCUGUCCGCUAGGGAAGGGCGCGAUGCUGGCCGACAGCCUGGUGGAGGAGUUCGAGAUCCGCGAGGAUGAGCCGUGGUACGACCAGCAGGACCUGCAGCAAGAUCUUCACCUUGCUGCUGAGCUUGGGAAGACGCUACUGGACCGCAACACUGAAUUAGAAGAAUCGUUACAGCAAAUGUAUGCAACAAAUCAAGAGCAACUGCAAGAGAUAGAGUAUCUCACAAAGCAAGUGGAGCUCUUGCGUCAAAUGAAUGAUCAACAUGCAAAAGUUUAUGAACAGCUGGAUGUGACAGCAAGAGAACUAGAAGACACUAAUCAAAAGCUAGUUGCAGAGAGCAGAGCAUCACAACAAAAGAUACUAAGCUUGACAGAGACUAUUGAAAAUCUGCAGACACACAUAGAUGACCUGCAAAGGCAAGUAGAAGAGCUGAAAAAGUCUGGACGAGGCCGAAUGAACCAUGAGAGAUCUGACCAGCCAAGAUCAAUGCACAGCUUCUCGUGUUUGAAGGAGCUGUACGACCUUCGCCAGUAUUUUGUUUAUGAUCACGUGUUUGCAGAAAAGAUUACUUCAAUGGAUAGUCAGCUAAACCCUCUGGAAGAAGAAAAUGAGAACUUGAAGAAGGCAGUUACAGUUCUGCAAGCCCAACUCAACCUAGAAAAAGAGAAGAGGGUAACAAUGGAAGAGGAAUACAGUCUUGUGGUGAAAGAGAACUGCGACCUUGAACAGAGGCUUGUCGAUAUUGACUUGUAUCGGGCUCGUGCAGAGGAGUUGGAAGUGGAAGUAGCUGAAAUGCGACAGAUGCUUCAAUCUGAAAACACACUCCACAAUGCAGAGAAAUUGGUGCCAGAAUCCUUUUUCAUUUCAUUUAAAGAAUCUUUAGAAAGGGAGCUUGGUCAGAGCCCAGCUGAUGAUGGGCUUCUGACUGUCCCUGAACUUGAGAAAAAGGCAUUGAAGCGGAGCAGUAGUGAAAAUUUCCUGAGUAGUGCUGCAGGGGGAGACAUUCUAAGGGGCCAUGAAGAAACGUGCAUCAGGAGAGCUGAAGCUGUGAAGCAGCGGGGAAUCUCUGUACUCAAUGAAGUUGAUGCUCAGUAUAAUGCUCUGAAAGUGAAAUAUGAGGAACUUUUGAAGAAGUGUCAAAUGGAUGAAGAUUCUUUGAAACACAAAGCUGUACAAACACUGAAGCAGUAUUCUAAAGACAGUGUGGGAAAUACCCAGUAUGAUCUUUCAGCUAACAAUCAAGAAUUCACGAAUGCAGGAGAAUCACUUUGCUCCACAAAUACUCUUCCUGAAUAUAAAGCACUCUUCAAGGAAAUCUUUAGCUGUAUCAAAAAAACAAAGGAAGAAAUAGAUGAGCACAGAUCUAAGUACAAGUCCCUUUCUUCUCAGCCAUAACGUUAGAUGUUCUGAUGACUGAUUUGUUGCUGGUGACUAAUUUGUUGCCCAAAAAGGGGGAAAGACUUUACACAAAUGUCAAAAGACCCCUUGCACAGAUGUUUCUUUUAGCACUAAAAAGGAAUGUUUUCAAUUGGCUCAUAGAGAGUAGUUAAAAAGCUAGUUAGACUAGCAGUCUCCCUGUAGGUACGUAGCAAUAGAUGUAAUGUUGUUUGGCACUGUCACGCAAACUAGUGGUUGUAAUGGAAACAAACAUUGUAGCUUAAUACUACAAUGCUACUUAAUACACUUGAUUUCUGGCAGAAACUGACAAUGGUUUUCCUAGUCCACUUCAAAUUAACAGAGCUAAGAAAUCCGUACACUACUUCUCACAAAGAACUAGGUAAAAGCUUUUCUUUAACUUGCAUGUGAUCAUCUAGCCCAGUAACUGUAAAAAAAAAAAAAAAAACAACAAACAAACAAAAAACCAAAAAGCCCCAGGUCAGUAUCACAGGCAGCCUCUCCUCGAGUCCUGAGAAUGAAGUUAGUGAAUCUAGCUGAAUUUGCUUUGGCAGGGAGGUGGAGAGCUAGCAUAGCAGCUUGCGCUGUGCUUGGUAAAGUUAAUGCCAUGUGUUCACAUGAACUAGGCUCUUCUAUGGAUAAGUAUAGAUGUCUUUGUACUGAGAAAGACUUUGACAAGAAGUUUGUGUGGCUGUUUAGGUAUGGUUUCUUAUUUAGGGGACUUCGUCUUAAGGUGAGGUACUGUGAAUUGAUUACAUGUUAUUUGGAGCUGUUUUUUUUUUUUUUUUUUGUGGGAGGCCAACAAAGUACCUACUAGUGUGUAUUUGGCAAGACAAAGUUGCAAUUUAGUCAUUUAACUUUAGCAGUAGAAUUGAUACAGUGAGAUAGCUUUUAAGCUCACAUACCACAAACUCCAAGCACUGAAGGAGACGGGUCAGGUAAAGCCUUAUCUUACAGGUUUGCCCAUUGCUUCCACUGUCAGCUUCAGCGAACCUGUUCCAUGCUGCCUAUGGGGUGGUGGGAGGCUGGAUGCAACACUGCUAGAACAUAUCCUACUGAAAGUGUGGGGCUGUGUUGUUGUUCCUACUUUCCUCCUCCACUCCCUAAUAGUAGCUCAUAGGUAUUCAAAUUCUGAAAAACAAAAUAUGCAGAAGUACAUUCUUUAGAACUGCUUUGAAGUAUGAAGAAUGGAAAACAAAGGCUAAGCAAUUAAGGAGAAAGAAGGCACCAGGAAAGGUGACAUCCUUCUUACACAGGGUCUCAUAGCUUAAUUUGGUUAGCUCUUCUUGGGAACUUCCUUAUUGCCUGUCUGAGUUGCUGCAAUAUACCAAAACAGCUGGAAGAGUGACAAUUUCUCAGCUUUAGUUCAACUGCUGCUAUUAAGUUGUCUGCCUUAUUUACCUGUUAAGCUUGUGUAUAGUUGUCCUUCAUUUGCAGUAUUAAGACUCCAUAUUGUGGGAAUUUCUCAAAAAUAUGUAUUGCAUUCUUAAGAAUUAUUUAAAAAUGGGAAUCCGAAUGUUGUAAAUAUUUUUCUAAGCAAAUAAAUCAGCCAGUCAAGCUCCACGUGUAACUAGUAAUUAUGCCUAUCUGUGCUGAUCUUGAAACAGUAAACUGUGCAGAUGGCAGCUGCAUUAUCUGGUCUAUCCUACACAGCUCAGAUGGAGUUCCCAUUAAAUUUUUAUUCUAAAAAAGUUGCAGUAGGUAGAAAAGGAUACGCCUGUCUGUGCUAUAAGGCCAGAGGCAAUGAAGUAGUUUCUUGUUUCUCUCGUGUUUGUCAGCGUUGUUCCAAAAAGGGUGUUGGAGGGGUGGGAGGCAGGAGAGCUGCUGUUCUGCCACCAGGUUAGCUCUGAUGUCACUGCUUCCCUGGCACUUGGAUUGUCAUUAUCUAAAGGCUUUCUACUGCAAAGCAGUAACUUUAGAUAUGUGUUCUGGCUGUCACAAGCACUCUUUUACUAAUGCUAUUCACUUUGGGGAGUGGGGCAUCCACACCCACGGGACCAGAAGUUGUGUAGAAACAACUUUAGAAUUUCUUGUUAAAUAUGUGAUCUUCAGUGGUUUAAUACUGUUGGUUAGCAGGGCACUUUCUAUCUAUUUUUUACCCUUUAAAAUAUCCAGAAUGUUCUCAGAUUUCCACAGAAAUCUUCUGUAGCAUAACCUGCCUUUGACCACCUGUGCCAUUGUUGAGCUCUGGCUGUACUGCAGUGUACUUUAACACUUAACUGUACAUACCCUGUAAUAAAAACCUCCAAGGCUCUGCUGUUCUAUAACCUCUCUCAGACUGGCUUUCUCAGGGAUAAGCUUUAUGGGCACAGCUGUAGGCAAUGCUACAGCAACAGGGUCAUGCUAGGUAAGCAACAGUGAUGGGGACACCCAGCACAAAGGCUGCAAAAGCUGCCUGAACUUGAACACUGCCUGAUUACAGUAGUGAAUAAACUUAGUGUGUGAGUUAAGGUAGAGUUUUAGCAGUUUAGAAAUAAGUACUUUCCACAGAAGUUUAAAAUGCUCUAAGUAUGGCACACUGCUCUUAGGCCAAUCUUAAUCUGCUUAUUUUAGUUAAAAAAAACAGCCCUUAAGCAUAAGUAGAUGAAAUUAAUAGUAUCUACUUGAGCUUCUCAUAUGAUGGAAAUUACAGAAAACAAAACCCAUGAACAGUAACUGCUCUAAAGCCACCAGUGGGGUGUUCCUUACCUCACUGCUGUGAAGCUUAAGUGACAAACGUAGAACAGAAGCAGCUCAGUUAUCAUUUCUUGAGCAACAGGCUGCAUCUUGACAACCAUCCUAAAAAAAGUGAUGCAAGUAGAAAAGUACAGCAAGAGGCAGUUUGCCAUCUACCUCAAACAUUGCAAAUAUUCUUUACCUUUCCUUCCUCUGUGAGCUUUUGGGCUCUAAAAGCAGCAAAGAUCAUUUCCAUUUCUUCCUGGGCAAAUACAAGGCAGAGUACAGCAGGAUGCCACAGCUGACCUUCAAGAUAAAAUUUUAUUUUUAAAAAAGUUACACAAAAUAGAGGUUUUACAUUGUUGCCAAGUGUGAUAACUGCAGCUGGAUGUCUUGCACAUGGUGCACUUACCUUUGCACACAGUAAGGCAAAACUCCAUCAACCAAAACCCACAUCAAUAAGACAUCCAGUAGUUGUUUCACAUCUAUUUCAAGUGUAAGUACUUUUUCAGACAGUUCAUUUUACAGACACCAGGUGAGAACAGUUGCUAUGUCAUACGAUGUUUAAAGACAGUGAUUUUGUAUCCCCCCCUCCCUGACCUGAUGUGCCCAUGAACAUCACUACCCUUGUUGUAAAGGCGGCAAGGGCUGUUGUAAUGCUCAGACUAAUGCCUGAGCAUCUAGGUAUUUAACAGAACCUGGGAUGUUUGUAAACAAAUUUAAUUUAUUGGCAUCACUUACUUACAAAAUAAAAUAUUAGACCAUGAUUUUCCAUCAUGUCUGUGUCAGUAUAUGGUUUUAUUUUAUUAUAAGGAAAGAGAAGGAGAAGCAAAAUACAUUAGAAAUCCCAGAUUAAUCAAACUGCAGACAGGGUCCCGUGUUGUCUUCCUAGUUGCUCGCUGCACCCAGGCGGCCAUGCAAACAUAUGUGUGAGUGUGCUGUGAUGUCAGUGACUGUCUGCAAUGCCACAUGCCCCAAAGUAGGUCAGCUCCUGCCCCACACUCCUGAGGCCACAGCGUUACUGUCUGUGCCGCCCACCGCAGGUUUCCUCUUUCAUCCAGGAGAGCAUCUGAAGCACAGAAACCGCCACAGCUGCCGUCAAGACUGCACAGUCCCUUUAAGAUACCACAUUCCACCAUAGCUCACACAGCAGUCCUGGGGAGAAAGGGAGAACCCAUCAGUGCCUGCUGCACCGCCCCGCAUUUCCAAACCGCAGGGAUUACACACUAUGAGGUGAGCCCCACUGGAACCAUGAUUUGGCUUUGCAACCUUAAAUGUGAUCAGCGUCCCUCCUGUGUGCAAACGAGAGCCAGAGCAGCAGGUUAUCUCUGCCCUGAAGCUUAACACAGCAGACAAAGGGGAAAGGCUGAGAGCACAGGGAGGAUACACAAUGGGAAGGUCUCUGGGAGGAGCAGAUGGGAAGAAUGGUGAAGCAGGUUAGGACAGGAAAAGAGGUGAGAACCAAAGGAACUACGGGGUAACUGCAGCCUGAAGACAUGAACAGACAAAAGGGAGCAGAGGAAGCAUGCAGGCAGCCCCAAGCUGGAGCUUUUCAGCAACCUUCUGUAGCAAGGAAGGGUCAAACCUCAGAACUGUACUCAGGUAUUCUGACCAUGUCUGCUACACUCACAGCUGCAAGCUUCACAGCAAAGGAGUUCAGUUUGUGGUUCCUUAUUUCUAUUCAGUGAACACCAAGCCUCAUGAAUUCUAAGCCUAACAACUCCUUUUGCUGCAACCUUCCCACUUACGUAAUUCAACAGGAGCUUAAGCACUGCUACAGAACUGAUGCUGUGGAACUAAAAAGAAAAAAAAAGUACCAAUAACUGUAACUUCUUCUUAAUUCUUGGGACUUACUGCUCUACCAAGAAAUUAAGUGCAGAGACUCAAAAGAGAGUUUUCAUUCUGGAUCUGCAGAUGCAAAAAUAUAUUCCCUGUCAGUCUGCUCUUUUCUGUACAGGACAGGAACACAUGCAGAUGGGGAAAUAAGAGUCAAUAAAUGCUAUUUCAUUCAAA